AUUCACCAAACAUCUCUCAUUCUCUUCUCCGAUUCUAACAAAAACCUCAAACCCAAUCUUCUCCUUUCAAUCUCCAAACAAAUCACAACAACAAAAAACGAACACACAUUUCUUGACAAUCAUAUCCCAGAGAGCAAAAAUGUUUAACUUCAGCUUCUCAUCGGAAAAUCAAGAUUUGUUUGCCCGCCGGUGCGUGUGGGUAAACGGGCCGGUGAUCGUCGGCGCCGGGCCGUCGGGGCUGGCCGUCGGCGCUUGCCUGAAAGAGCAAGGAGUUCCGUUCGUGAUCCUGGAAAGAGCGGAUUGCAUUGCCUCCUUGUGGCAGAACCGCACCUACGAUCGCCUCAAACUUCAUCUCCCUAAGCAGUUCUGUCAGCUCCCCAAAAUCCCCUUCCCCGACCACUUCCCGGAGUACCCGACCAAAAAACACUUCGUGGAAUACCUCGAAUCCUACGCGACCCACUUCGGCCUUAAUCCUCAGUUCAAUGAGUGCGUGAUGUCGGCGAAGUUCGACGAGGCUUGCAGAGUGUGGCGAGUCACCACCGCCUCUCCCGCCGGCGAGGAGGUCGAGUAUAUUUGCCAGUGGCUCGUCGUCGCCACCGGCGAGAAUGCGGACCGGGUGGUGCCGGAAAUUGACGGUCUCAAGGAUUUCCACGGCGAGGUCAUCCACGCCUGCGAUUACAAGUCCGGCGAGAAGUUCCGCGGCCAGAAAGUUCUCGUCGUCGGCUGUGGAAACUCCGGCAUGGAAGUUUCUCUUGACCUCUGCAAUCACGACGCUAAACCCGCCAUGGUCUGCCGGAGCUCGGUUCAUGUAUUGCCGAGAGAAAUCAUGGGAAAAUCGACGUUCGAACUGGCGGUGUUCAUGAUGAAAUGGAUUCCUCUGUGGCUAGUGGACAAGAUUCUCCUCGUACUGGCAUGGAUAAUCCUCGGAAACAUCGAAAAGUACGGCCUAAAACGCCCCACAACUGGCCCACUGGAACUCAAGAACACACAAGGGAAAACCCCUGUUCUCGACAUUGGCGCAUUGGAAAAGAUCAGAUCCGGAAAAGUCCAAGUCGUCGCCGGAAUCAAGAAUUUCUCCGCCGGAACCGUCGAGCUCGUCACCGGCGAACGCCUCGAAAUCGACUCCGUCGUUCUCGCCACCGGAUACCGUAGCAAUGUUCCAUACUGGCUUCAGGAAUCAGAAUUUUUCUCCAAAAAUGGAUACCCAAACGCACCAUUCCCAAAUAGCUGGAAGGGCAAAUCCGGGCUAUACGCCGUCGGGUUUACAAGGAGAGGGCUUUCUGGUGCAUCGGCUGAUGCAGUCAAGAUAGCACAAGACAUCAGCAAAGUCUACAAAGAAGAUCUGAAACAAAAGAAGCAAAAAGUCCCUACACAUCGACGAUGCAUUUCUACUUUUUAAUUACCCAAAAAGUCCCUAAGUAUUCUCGAGAUAUCACGUCGGGAUUCAUCUGUUUCAACGGAUAAAUGCUGGCAUGAUAUCCGAUCCGGCCUUCUAUUAUUCCGACAAUUCAUAAUUAACCCAAGUUUAGUAGGACAAAAAAGUAAAGAAAGUGACUGUUAGUAGUGUAUAAUUAAUUAAGUGUGUAAAGCAAAAAAGAAAGUACAGUUUUAGAGUAUGUUAUCCUAAAUUGUAGUUUAGGAUUGGUUAGCCCUCUCCAGAAAAGCCCAAGGAGUUUUGUUAAGGUUGGGCGUUUUGUAUACUAGGAUGAUGAGGCGUUUUAUGUCUUUUUACCCAUACAGAUUAAUCAAAAAUGCAAUCUUUCAGUG